CCAUGAUGCAACGGGUAUUCCAUAGCAACUGCAAAGCUCGUGCGGAGAGCGAUUUAUUUGUAUCGGACUUUAAUUUUUCUGAGUUUACAAAAGUUGGUAAAUUAUUUGUAUUUCAGCUUAACAACAUAGUACAUUGUUAUCGAGAGGAAAUAUAACCAUGACGACCAACGAUGAUGACUAUAAGAUGUUGGAGUUAUUGUCCACGACGGGAUUUAAUGGCAAAGUCUUUGCCGGCUUCAAGGUCCAUCCCGACAAGGAGCACAUCAUCUAUCCCCUGGGCAACACCGUCAUCAUAGAGCACAUCGCCAAGAACACCCAGAGCUUCUUGCAGGGACACACGGACAAUGUCUCCUGCGUGGCCGUGUCCAAGAACGGCAAGUUCAUCGCCUCGGGUCAGGAGACCUACAUGGGGUUUAAGGCCAACAUCAUCAUCUGGGACUUCCAGGAGAAAGAGCAGUACUGCAAGCUGGAACUGCACAAGGUCAAAGUCCAGUCCCUGGCCUUCUCCCCGAGCUCCAAGUACCUGGUCUCCCUGGGCGGGAAGGACGACGGCAGCGUGGUGGUCUGGGACGUGGCCAAGAAGGAGUCGGUCUGCGGGGCGCCAGCCGCUGUCCAGAGCGCAGGCAUGACGUCUUGCAUCGCCUACUGCAACAACGACGAGGACAAGUUUGUCACCGGUGGAGAACGUACGAUUCGUGUGUGGACGCUUGACAUUGCCAAUCGCAAGAUCCGCCCAGUGGACUGCAACAUGGGCCAGCUGAAGCGUUACGUGAAAUGCAUUGAGGUGGCGCCAGACGAUGACUACUUCUACUGCGGCACCACUAGCGGCGACAUCCUGAAGAUCUACAUGGCCAACAACCUACUGUCCAAGUUCGGCCCCGAGAAAGACAAGUACAGCCAGGGGGUGACUUCGCUUGCCUUGCUGUGGACCGGGGAAAUCCUGGUGGGCGCCGGUGACGGCACGGUGGCCGUCAUCAAGGGAGAUCAGUUCAAGAAGACCAAGAGCCACAAGAUCCCAGGCUCUGGUGCCAUCACGUCGCUGGUCUUGAGGGGAAAGGGACAUCAGUUCCUAGUCGGUACCGAGAAGUCUCAGAUUCAUCGCUUCAACCUGGCGGAGUUCACCCGGGAGCAACUGAGAGAUUGCCACUUCGGCAGCGUGUCAGACAUUGCAUUCCCUCACGGCUGCUCAGACCUAUACGCGACCUGCUCGCAGAGCGACAUCCGGGUAUGGAACGCCAAGACCUCCAGGGAUGUGCUGUCCAUCACGGUGCCCAACAUGACCUGUAAUGCCAUUGAGCUGAUGAGAGAUGGCUCUGGCAUCGUCAGUGCCUGGGACGACAACAAGAUCCGUGUCUUCUACCCGCAAUCCGGCAAGCUCAAGUACCAGAUCAACGACGCCCACAACAAGAAGGUGACGGCCAUCACCACCACCUCGGACUGCAGGUUCAUCAUUAGCGGCGGCGGCGAGGGGCAAGUCCGGGUCUGGAAGAUCAAGGACCAGCAGCGGGGCGACCUGGAGAGGACCAUGAAGGAGCACAAGGGGGAAGUCACCUGCAUCGUGGUGCGCAAGAACGACCGGGAGUGCAUCAGUGCCAGCUUUGAUGGUUCCUGCAUCAUUUGGGAUCUCUCGCGAGGCACUCGGCACCUCGUGAUCUUCGCCAACACGCUGUUCAAAUGCGUGAGCUACAGCCUGGACGAGUCCCAGGUUUUGACGAGUGGAACAGAUCGGAAGAUUGGCUACUGGGAAACCUACAGCACCACCCAGAUACGCGAGACGGAGGGAGCCAGCACGGGGGCUGUCAACGGCAUGAUGGUGUCGCCGGACGGCGAUAACUUUGUGACUGGUGGGGACGACAAACUCAUCAAGUUUUGGGACUACGGAGACGCUCAAGUGACCCACGUCGGGAUCGGCCACAGUGGCGCCAUCAACCGACUGAGCAUCUGCCCCAACCAGAUGUACAUCGUCAGCGUCAGCCAAGACGGGGCCAUCAUGCGCUGGAAAUACCCAAAGUGAACCCCUCUUCUUUUGUUAAAUUUGCUUCAAGUUUUUUUCUUCAGAAAGUUAUGCUUUAUUACUGACUUGGGGAGGGGGGGGGGCGAACUUGGGUGAGGGAUGAUCAGUCGUAAAUGAGUCGAGAUUGAUUAUUUCAGCUGCCAGUUAUACAGUUCUCUCAAUUUCUAAACACGAUUUGAGCAAAGCGUAGAAGCGGUAGAAUAAUAAUUUGAAUCCUAUGAAGUGAAGUCCGUCGCAGCAUCCAACAGUGACUGUUAUAUUCUGUCCUUUUUGUCGUAAUUGUAGAAAAACAGAGAAAAAAGUUUGACCUUUUUUUUUUACAUGAGGAAUUUAAGCGAACUGGAUUAAUAAGGGUAUGCAUUUAGGGACAUGCAUAUUGGGUAUGCA